CCCCUCCCCCUCUUCUGCAUGCAGCCAGUGCAGUGCAGUGGACCAUAGUAUAGUAGAGGACAGACUGGUGGUAGCCGGCCGUGUACAGACACUCCUGGUACAAAAGAUGAGCUGGGCGAGUGUAGCAGUCCUGUUGGUUGCACUCAGUGGAGCAGGAGCUGCAGACGAGUUUGAAUUCACUAGCUUGCCUGUGGACACUGCACUGAAUGAGGGAGACCCUCUCAACUUAACAUGUGGUGCAGUGCUAGUGUCUGACCCAACAGCUAACCUGUCCUACUCUUGGUCAAGAAAUGGCAUUCUACUCAGCAACUCUUCAAGGUUACUGUUUGAGGCAGUCACAGCUCGUGACGGUGGGGAAUACAGUUGCAAUGUCAGUAGUCUGCAGGGAGAGCUAGGGGCAGUAGCAACAGCAGUGGUCACUGUCAGGCCAACAACUGGCGGUUAUAGUGUUGAGCUAGUGCUACUGAUCUCUUUAAUCUCAAGUCUGGGGACUAUUGGAAUGGUUGUGAUAGCUCUCCUCCUAGUCAUGUGGUUUGCUGUGUGCAAGGAUAGACCUUACACAACUUGGGACAAACUUCGUCGAUCAUCAGAUGUCAGAAGAAAAUCACAAUCCAGUCAAGAGGAGAUUCUUAUCACAGCUAAUAAGAGGUCUAAAAGUUUUGGUCAUUUAAUCCCUGGUGAACAUGAUUUUGAAGACCCUUAUGAUCGUAAUUUAAGCAACAGUACAGAAAGAUUAUUGUCAGGGGCUGAAAACACUGUACACCCUCCGGACAAUCUGGACUUUGACCUUUUUCUAGACGAAAGAUUAUUUGACACUAAACUCAAAAACAAGCAAACAAAGACGUUGAGUGAGAGCAAGCAAAGUGAUCCAAUCUCAAACCUCAAGUCGUCUCUAAGCCAACGUACGAGUCUUGCCAGCUCAGCAGCCAGUGAUUUGGGGGAGGAGCUUACAGACAGUCAAACUAGCUCCAUCUUCAAGAGUGUGCGCUUUGACCUCGAUGACUCUGGAGUGAGUACAGACAAUAAUGCAUCUCCACUACGAUUAAAGAGACGGUAUAGUGAACCAAAUGUCAGAUAUUUCAGUGGGAGAUCACCGCAACGAGACGAUCUCGUUAGUGAGGGGGCAAAUAAGUUAUAUAGUGACAGUGAGGGGGACGAAGGACUCGGCAGUGAUCAUCGAUUAGAGCUAUCACAUGACAACCAGGUAUCAAACAUUGUAUGGUUUCUCAGCAGCAGCCAAUCAGAUUCCAGCGCUGUAAAAGACAAAUCCAACGCACCAAUCAACUCUGGACACGUUAGUGAGAUCAAGGAGCGCUUUCAGCAAGAGGUUAAAGGUCAAGAGUUUAAAGGUCAAGAGGUGUCAUCGGAGCCUAGACAACGCGUACGCUCCAUCUCCAAACGUGUGAGUGAGACAACGAAGCAGCUGAUGGAGAGUAAAGCAGACGCAGGGACUAGCGUAACAAAGCCCGGGAAGCUGGUAGGACUGGACCGGGAGGUGGGUAUACCAAUGGUGGGCGGUGUAGACUCUCCUGAUGAUGUGGGCGUUGAUGAUGAUGAGUUUGAGAGGUUUGAACAAUCGAGGAAAUGUAGUGCAGCUCUGCCAUUCUUCGGAGCUCCAUUAUCGUUAUCACCGUGGCAACCAAGAGGGACAGCAGAUUUGGAUGAGGACAGUGAUGAUAAUGAUGAUGAUGCUCUAGUAGCCCCGCUCAAAGUAUCUAGUGGAGUGGCUAAUAUAUCUCCGUUUAAACGAGGGGGGUUACUGUUCCUGGGGGGUCCGAUGAGUGGACAUGAGAUGUUUAUCAGGAGCACUCCCCCACGAACUCCGACUUCUCGGAAGAACUCUGCUAGUAGAUUGUCAUGCAUACCAGAGGAGAGCCCUCAGAACAGCACCAUCAGUCUCAUAGCAUAGCCUUAAUACGAUUAGCCCAUUUCCGCUGAGAUUAUUUGAUUGUAUAUACUUAUCAUUGUAUCUAGCAUAGCCUUAAUACGAUCAGCCCAUUUCCGCUGAGAUUAUUUGAUUGUAUAUACUUAUCAUUGUAUCUGAAACAAAA